AUCAUCUGGCCACACUGCUAAUCGAACAAGCUGAUUUUUGUGGCGAAAUAUCUCUAAAUUGUUUAGGAAACUGCGCUUUGGAUUGUUCUGCAUCUGAAUUGAAUGGACCGCAACGUCUUUAUUAAUUUAAGCUAAUUAAUAGGAGUAAGCCAAAGAAACAAACCAAAUGGAGCGGAGUCACAAUGGCGCGGUUCGUCGGAGAAAUGCGCCUGACUCGGAUAGCGAUAGCUCCACAGCUGCCCCCAGCCGUAAGAGGAGCAAGCGGUUACCCCAAAUCGAAUCCGAGGCAGAUGUGGAGAUGGAAAAUGUUGAAUAUCUCGAAGAGGAAAGGGAGGAGGAGGAGAGUUUCGAGGAAGCGUCUACUUCGCAGGCGACAAGGUCACCAAGCUCUAGAACGCGCCAAACAGGUCCAAACAAAUCACGGCGUGCGUGCAAUUUUACUUUAUCGACUGAGCUGUCCAUUCCAACCGCCUUUGAUCGCUGUGGCAAAGUGAUUUCCAUGCGCCUCACCAACUUCAUGUGCCACUCGAAUCUCUUCAUGGAGUUUGGCCCCAAUAUCAACUUCCUGGUGGGCAACAAUGGCAGUGGAAAGAGCGCCGUAAUCACCGCAUUGGCUUUGGGCCUGACCAGCAGUGCCAGAGCCACCAACAGAGCCAGCAGUAUACAGAAACUAAUUAAAAACGGCGAGGCCAGUGCCACCAUUGCCAUCACACUGUCAAAUGCGGGAUUGCGACCGUUUAAGGCGGACAUCUUUGGACCCCACCUCACGGUGGUGCGCCAAAUACGCCACUCUUCCUCGACCUACGACCUCCAAGAUGCUCGCGGCAGAAGCGUUUCCAAGAAAGUGGCAGAAAUUCGCCGCAUGCUGCUCUGCUUCGGCAUUAAUGUGGAGAAUCCCAUUUUUGUGCUGAAUCAGGAGGCGGCUCGGGAGUUUCUAAAAGAAUUGGAGCCAUCUUCGAAUUACAGGCUGCUGAUGAAGGCAACUCAACUGGACGUGUGCACUAGCAGUCUCACCGAAUGUCAUGCUCAGAGGCGCCAUUUCACACAAAACCUGGAUCAACUAGAAAAGAAAAGAGAUGCGGUGGCCAAGCAAGUUGAGGCUGAAGAGGAAAAGCUGUCCAUCCUUAAAAAUAAGGAAGUAGUCAAGGAAAAACUGGAGCAGUGCAGGGUCAAGUUAGCCUGGAUGGCUGUGACGCGUUAUCAGGAAGAGCUCAACAAUCUGGAGCAUUCAAUUAAACUUAUUGAAAAUAAGAAGGCCAAGCUGGAGCACACCACUUCCAAAAAAGAGAGUACACAGGCCACAAUGACCCAACAGCUAAAGGAAUUUGAGGCGACUAAAAAUCAAAUUUUAGCGACCUACAAGAUCCAGGAUGAAAAGCUAAGAACAGCCAAACGGGCGGUGCAGGAUCUGCUCUUAAAGACCAGUUCUAUAAAAGCCCAGAUCGUAAACACCGAACGACGCAUGCGGGAGGAUCAACACGCUUACGAUGAAUGUGAGAAGCUCAUUGGAAACUACCAUGCCGACUUUAACCGGGUGAAGGAGCAGCGGGAGGAGCAUGCCAACAAGAUUGAAGCGCUAAGGCAGCAGGUUGCUAACAGUGAGGAGAUCAUUGUCCGAUUACGAGAAGAGCAGCAGCAGAUAAAGAGAGAGAUUACGUCGGUUCAGGAAAGGGUGGAGGCCAUUAAAAAUGAAAGAAUUAAGUUGCACAAAUCAAAACAGAGUAUAAAUUGGGAAAUCGAGGCACUGUCCCGGAAUAAGUCCAACAAACUGUCUGUUUAUGGCGAGCAGGCGAUAAAGGUCGUUCAGACUUUGCGCACCCAGUAUGCCGGCUCCAAUAUGCAUAGGAUGCCCCGAGGACCCUUGGGCCAGUACAUCAGUGCACCCAAUCCGAAGUACCGGGAUCUGGUUGAAAACCAGCUCAUGUCCUGCCUGCGAUCCUACAUCGUUAGCUCCGACAAUGAGCGCAAAUCGCUACGGGAUUUGCUACAGAAUAAGUUUCAGGGUGGAAACAUUCCCACCAUUAUCACCAGUCCGUUUACGGAUCGUGUUUAUGACGUAUCCAGGAACAAGGUGCGUCCCACCACGCCGAAUACCACAGUGCUCAUCGAUGAAAUCCACUGUGACGAUCCUGUGGUAAUGAACUACCUCAUUGAUAUGCUGCGCAUUGAGACGGUCCUGGUGACCGAGUCCAAAGAGAUUGCCGAAUUUCUCACAUCCGACCUUGAGAAUGUGCCGCCCCAUCUGACGAAAGUGCUGGUUCCAAAUCUGGGACUGGAGUACAUUCCGACGCCCAACUAUGCCGUCUAUUCCACUAGAAUAAAUCCCGCGCGGUAUAUACACAUAAACGUCGAUGAUCGCAUUCGGCAGCUUCAAAUGGAGCAAAGUGAACUUCAGGAAAAAGAGGCAUCUCUGGAAAUUGACUAUAUGCAGCAUAGAAAGACUCUGGAGAGCACCCAACUUGAGAGUACAAAGAAGAGUUCCAUGAUUGGCCAGAAUCAAUCAAAGAAUCAGCGGGCCAUGCAGCAGAUAAUGGAGUUGCAAAACUUCGAUUACCAGGAGCUUCCGGAAUAUCAUCGUCUGAAAUCACAUUUAGCUGACAGCGGUGAGAAAAUUGAGAAAUGCAAGGAAGAACGCCAAAUGCUGCAGCAAAAACUUCUUGAAAUCCAAGAACAAAAGGAGCAAUUCGAGGCAAUCGCUGCCGAUGAAAGUAAAGCUCUCGAGGGGAUCAAUGAAAAGCUUUCCACACUGGACACGGAAGCUCGCGAAGUGGAGUCCAAAAUUCGUAGCCUAGACCUUCACUACGAGGAAAAUACUCGAAAUUUUCAGAAAACGUUGCAGCUCGAACGGAAAAUGAUUGGCGAGAAGGAGACUGUGCUAAAUGAUUUGGAAAAGGCUCGCGUCGAGGCUGAGAAAUUGGGAGAGUUUAUAGCCACGACGCAAUCGGAGGAGAAAAUACGCGAAUCAAUUAGUCGCUACAAAUCAAAGAUCAAACAGGUGGAGCAGCUGAACUACAAUCCCGAAGAAGUGGAGCGAGGGCUGAUUACCCUGCGAGACGAACUGGACCUUCAGGCCAGGCACUUGGCCGUGGUCGUUUCCGUGAUCAAUAAGCUUCGCAUGGCUUAUCAUCAGCGGGCACAAUUGUUCCAGAGAUCACGCCAUCACUAUUUUACCAUGGUUCAGUUUCAGUUUGAGCAAGCCCUAGCCAUGCGGCAAUUUAAAGUUAGUUUUGAGACCAGUGACAAGGAGAAAACGUGGAAGAUCAAUGUAUUCCCACCCAGCGGAAACGAAACUUCUAACACCAGGAGCUUGUCAGGCGGCGAGCGAUCGUUUACCACAGUUUCCUUGCUGAAAGGGCUUUGGAGCACUUCAGACCACCCCUUCUAUUUUCUAGACGAAUAUGACGUAUUUACAGACGAAGUAAACCGUAAGUUUAUUACGGAAAUCCUUAUUGGUGAAGGCUUGGAGUGGAUGUCGCGCCAGUAUUGUUUCCUUACGCCACAGGACACUGCGGUCGAAGCCAGCGACCACAUUACAGUACACAAAUUGGAGGCUCCGGAUCGGUAAAUUAAAUUAAAUAAGGCAUUAACACGAAUAGGUUGCAGGCCGACAAAGCAUCAGUAUCAACUAAUUUAUUGGAGUUUAUGAAUAAAAGGUGAUCCUUAUUUUAAGCAGGA